AUGCUUUCAUCGUCCUCUAGGAAUGUGCUUAUUCGCAAGUCCAUUGCUGUCCGAUACCUUCUACUAUCGUCCACGAUCAUAAUCAUCCUAUGGACCUUUCACACCCUAAUUUCCUCGAGCCAUAGUCCACCGCGCCCCGUUAAAUCGGCCCCUCGCAAAAAGGACGACUUGACUUAUGUUCUGCCAAAACAUCCUCCGCGGCCUAAGGCUUGGUCUGAUGCUGCUGAAGGAGUAAAGCAAGCGUUUUUGCAUGCAUAUCAUGGAUACGAUGACUAUGCGGCUCCCUUUGACGAGCUCCUUCCAAUGUCUCGAAAGGGAUCCAACAGUUUCAAUGGAUGGGGCGUCACGGUUUAUGACUCUCUAGACACCAUGUUCUUGAUGAACCUCACGGACGAGUUCGACCGGGCUGUUUCGUUUGUUGCCAAGGCCGACUUUUCCAUUCCAUUUCCUGCACCGUUCUUCGAAACCGUCAUCCGGUAUCUGGGUGGAUUACUCUCCGCGUAUGCAUUAUCGGGGAACCAUGUGCUACUGCAGAAAGCAGACGACCUAGGUCGUUUACUGUCGCCUGCUUUCGGUUCCAAGAGCGGAUUGCCAUUCUACAGUGUCAACACUGUCACUGGUGUAGCGCCCGCUAAUACUCAUGGCUGCUUGGCCGAGAUUGCAAGCUGCCAGCCGGAGUAUACGUACCUUGCGAAAGUGACAGGUAAUAAGACGUAUUACGACCAGGUUGCCAAAGUUAUGGAAACACUUAGUCACGCAGCGACAGAGAAGCUUGGUGGCAUGCUUCCUGUUCACUGGAAGCUGGACAUAGGGAGGCCAAUAGACACAAAACUAGCGGUCGGAGGCGAGGCGGAUAGCGCACACGAAUAUUUGUUGAAACAGUUCCUAUUGACCGGUAAAACAGACAAGACUGCUCUCGAAAUGUACCUCCGCACAACCACUCACAUUCUAACGCACAUGCUUUACACCUCUCCAAACCGCGGCAUACUUUACCCUGUAGCAACGUCUGGCGAACCUCCGCAUGACACCGCUACCCACGUAUUCGAGCACCUCGCAUGCUUCCUCCCAGGCCUCUUUGCCCUCGGCGCGCACACACUACCUCUCGACGACCUACCUUCUCUUGCUGACUAUCAGCGCCUUGCCCAGUACAAGCUGUCGGACGUGCACCGGUGGGCCGCGCGGGGCCUGGGCGAGGCGUGCGCUGUGCUAUAUGCAGAUCAACCAACGGGUCUCAGCCCGGACGAGGCUUUCAUGCAAACAGAUCCGCGGCCAAUAUUGUGGGUCGACGAACUCGAUAAUUGGUCGAUGGGAGGGAGGAGAGGUCGGCCGCCGAACACCACGCCGAUCAAGCCUGCCCCUCAUGUCUCUGUCCAGCACAGGGGCGAAAAGGAUUACGGCGUUCGGAGAGCUGGCUACGAGCUAAGGCCAGAGGUCAUCGAGUCGUUGUACAUUCUGUGGCGCACCACUGGCGAAACGCACUGGCGAGAGUAUGGCUGGGAUAUAUUUCAGUCCAUCGAGCAGUCGUGCAAAACGGAUGUCGGAUAUGCCGCUCUUCUGUCCGUGGAAUAUUUUCCACCAGCAAGAAAAGACUCAAUGCCAAGUUAUUUCAUGGCAGAAACGCUCAAAUAUCUAUAUCUUCUGUUCACGGACGAAGACUUGGUUCCACUCGACAAGUGGGUCUUCAACACAGAAGCACAUCCCCUCCCAGUGUUCAGUUGGUCCGACGAAGAAAAGAUAAGAUUCGGUAUUGCUUGACACCUCUACCUCGAUAUAAUUUUCUCUCAUUAUACUAUAACCCACUCAAUCCUUACACUUUAUCGCCCGCACAUCUUCACGCACACGGACAAUAUUUUCCAUUCACUGCACACUCAUACCAUCUCUUAGAACGUAGAACCACAUAUACAUACACACAUACCCGCAUCAUUGAUUUCAAUCC